AUGAAGUUUGGAAAAAAUAUUAGGAGGGAAAUGCAUAAUCAUGCGAAUAUGCAUUAUUUAAAUUAUAAACUUUUAAAAAAGUUGAUAAAGAAUAUUAAUAAUAGCACAAAUGAAAAAGAUAUAAAAAAAGCUAAACAAUUUAAUGAAGAAUUUGAAAAUGUAUUACAUUAUGAUUUAAAAAUAAUAGAACAAACUUUUCAAAAUUUAUUUAAAGAAAUAAUGAAUAUAAAAAAGGAAAUUGAAAAGAAUUUUUCAGUAGGAAUGAUAGAUGAAGAUAUGAAGAUACAUAAAAAGAAUAUUUCUUUUGAUAAGUUAUUAAAUAUAUUAAAAGAGAAAAACGUAUCGAAAGAAUUUUUCGAUUUCUGUGUACAAUUAAGUUUAUUAUCAAACAAAUGUAAAAUAAUAAGGACAUAUGUUAUAUAUAAUUACAUUGGAUUAAUUAAAAUAUUAAAAAAAAAAAAGAAGCAUUGUAGCAAUAUUUUUCAAAAUAUAGGAAUAUCAGACAUUAUAUCCUUGUAUUCUUGGUGUUUGUCAGACGAGUUACCAAAACUUAUUUCAUCAGUCAAUAUUAUAUCAGAUGAAUUUAUGCAAAAAUUUAGUAGUUCAUCUGUUACAAUAGAAAAAUAUAUUUGCCCAAUUUGCUUAUGUUUAAUUCAUGAUCCCGUAACAUUAAAUUCGUGCUUUCAUUCAUUUUGUUGGAGAUGCUUAGCUACAGCUAUUCAAAAAUAUUCCAUUGAUAAUUGCCCUUCAUGUAGAACAAAAAUUGUUUAUGAUAAAAAUUCAUUUAAAAUAGAUGGAAUAUUAAGCCAGUUUUUAGAAAAACAUUUCGUAAAUAUAGAAGAUAAUCAAGAAAGAGAAGAAGAAAAAGAAAAAGAAAAAGAAAAUAAAAAUCAAAAUGUAAAUGAAAAUAAUUUCACAUCAGAAUAUUAUUGUUGCUAUGAAAAUGAGGUAUGCACAUUAAAUGAUAAUUACAGUGAGGAGAAAGAUUAUUAUGAUGAAAAUAGUGGAGAAAAAAAUAAUAAAAUACAUUUAAAAAAAGAAGAUUUAUUUAAAAAAAAAUUGAAAAAAACUAAUGAUAAAAUAAUAAAAAGUAGUGUAUUUAAUUAUGAUCUAUUAAAAAAAAAAGAACAUAGUAGCAGCUCAUCAAACGAUGGUAGUUGUUAUUUAGAGGAAAGAGAAGAUUCUUUUAUUAAUAAUGAAAGGGUAGAAGAUUAUUAUUCCAUUGAAAACAACUUCAUUAAUUUAAAAUAUAAUGGUGACCUAAUUGAUAAUUUUGAAAAUUUAAACAAGUAUUUAUCUGUUUUAAAUAAAAACGAUUUAAACAUAAUAGAUGACAAAGAAAAAGAAAGCGAUUACAGUGACGAAUUUCAUAAUGAUAUUACUCAGAAAAAAGAUCAUAACAAUUUAAAAAUUAAGAAUGAAGAUAACUACAAUAUUAUAAAUAAGGUAAUUAGUUAUACUCUUAGUUAA